CUGAUAUUAUGAGCAAAGUACAACGCCUCACCAGGAAUGAUGACGUCAUCAUUGUCACCAAAGACCAUAGGAUAUACGUUGUCGCAGGUCAAGUAUAUCAUGGUGGGAACCUCAUCUAACCUCAUCUAACAACAUUUAUAACCAGAUAUCGCACAUACCUGAAUCCACUACAAUAACAAAGUACAACGUUUUGCGGUCAUUUUCUAACCUAGAAUUAAAUUGAUUUAUGUUUAAUAUAAAGGUAUGAAUAGCGGAACAAUAAGAUACGUAAAUGCAGGAUAUAUGUGCAUUUAUGUAAGUAGAAUAACAAGAUAUAUGAAGAUAAACAUGGGGUGAAUCCAGUCUAUUUUAAUGUUAAUUAGCCGGCUUACUCCCAGGCGUGGCACCACAGGGUACAUCAAUAUCACCACUGCACUGUGGCCAUCCCAGAAGUAGGUAUAGGCAUCUGGCUGGAAAGGAUAUGUGCACGUGUGUGCGAUGGGUGUGGGGGUUUGGGAGGGGAGGAGACGCAUACGUGUGUGUUGGUGAGAUUUUACAAGAGAAUGGAGGGAGGGGGGAUUAGGUGAAGACUGAGAUGUAGCUUUAAACUAAUUAAUGGAAUGUUUCAAUUUGAAAAAAAAGUUAACUUAAGCGUCACUUCAAAUUGCGAUGUUUUAAAUUAUGAGAACUAGUUAAGUCAUAAUAUUUUACACACUCGCUUUACAUUUAUUUGAGUAUAUUGUGCAGAAAAUAUUAAUGUGGAAUUUGCAUGAUCCAGUCUAGGUAUCUCGCGCUCUGUGAAUUUCACACAUCGCCUUUCCCCUCUGCUGAACGUCCUCCCCUGACCUGAAUGUAAUAUUUACUGGCAUGCUAUGAACAUGAAAUUUCCCUGAAACUACAACAUGUAUCAUUUCACUGUGUAGAUUAUAACAGAAAACGCUAACAGUGUUAAAACACAUGUACCGACACAUACUGUCAAGAAUAAGCAGAAACGUGAUAGGAAAUACACACGUAAAUAUGACUUGUUUCAGUCGUAAUAUUUCGAACCAGUUUGAUUACACAUCCGAGGUAAAGUCGAUGCUCAUAACCAGGCAAUUAGUUUGGAGAAGUGACACUACAUGGGGUCCACGUGCACGAGCAGCUUCCCGCUGCAUGAGACGUUACACCAUCAUCGCGUGACGUCCCGUGAACAGAGGGAUGUUCGUAACGUGAUACCGCGUACCUAAAGUCACGUGAUAACCAAUUCCAACAUAUAUUGAGAAGAAUUCCUCUGUCCCAACCAUUCCCACUUCCAUCACGUUUAGAAGUCUGACGUUGUCUGCCCACAGCUCCUUCAUCCAGCAAUGGCGCCCCAGAACGUGUUCUCCAUGUUCCGUCAGUCUCAGGUGCAGGAGUUCAAGGAAGCCUUCGCCCUCAUCGACGUCAACAGGGACGGCGUCAUCGAAAUAGACGACCUGAAGAGCAUCUACGGCAACCUGGGCAAAGUGCCCGCCGACUCCGAGCUGAAGGAGAUGUUGAAGGAGGCCCCUGGUCCCCUGAACUUCACCACCUUCCUCAACCUGUUCGGGGAGAAGAUGGGAGGGACGGACGGCGAGGAGACCAUCCGUAGCGCCUUCGCCAUGUUUGACGAGGAGGGCAAGGGCGUGCUGCCCGAGGAGUACAUCAAGGAUCUCCUGGAGAACAUGGGAGACAACUUCACGAAGGAGGAGAUCAAACAGACGUGGAAGGAGGCCCCUAUUUCCAAGGGCAUGUUCAACUACGUGGCCUUCACCGCCAAGGUCAAGGGCAAACAGGAUGACGAGGAUAUGGCCAAGGCUUAAUCUAACAAGCAUCUGCAUCGUGGAGUACACAUGAAGGACAUUUCCCUGUUUACUCAUCAGAUAAUUAAUCGGCGGUUGUCAUGGUAACAAUGUCUCGUGCCUUUCGUUUGUGCUACGCCAUGGUGCUAACUGGACAAAGCAUUCAGUUAAGUGUCAGACGCAUUGAAUAUAUUUAGAAUAUAAGUCAUCCUUGUGGUUACCUCGUGUUACCUUAAAAUUGCUAGAUUUGUCUCAGGAAAGGUGGCUGUUCGAACUCUGUAUUAUUCACUCAUUCAUUCUGCCUCCAUCUUCACACCAUGUUAAAUCCACGAUGGCGAAUAUCAAUAUGGAAGGUCUUGUCUUGAAAUGAAUAAAUAUCAACAGCGACUUUGCUUUGUUUCC